AUGGAUUUAAUGCCAGAUAAAAAUAGAAUCCAUUUUUUGGAUGUUUUUUAUGCUUAUGAAACUGACGAAAAAAAUUAUUACAACAUAGUGACAAUUUCAAGUUUUAUUUUAUUUAAUGUAAAUGCUUUAAUUUUUUUACCUAAAUUAGCUCCGAGGUCUGCUAAAAAAACACCUGAACAACUAUGGAAAUGGAGAAACAUUGCAAAUUCAUUAAUUCACUCUAUACUAUCUGGAUUUGGAGCCAUGAUCAAUUUAUUGAGAACACCUGAAUUAAGGUAUGAGCUCAUUACGGCAUAUACUCUUUUUUCUUGGUCAACUCUUUCUUUUUCAGUCGGUUACUUCAUAUAUGACUUUAUUGAUAUGGCUGUGCAUCAAAGGAGACCAUCAACUUAUGAACUUUUAAUUCACCACAUUCUGGUCAUAAUUUGUUUUGCUUUGGCUGUAAUUACUAAAUAUUAUCAGGGAUAUGCAUUAGUCGCUUUGCUAGUCGAAGUCAACAGUAUUUUUUUGCAUAUAAGACAACUUUUUAUUAUACAGGGAUGGCAGAAAAGUUAUAUAAUUUAUAAAAUAAACAGUUAUUUUAAUUUAGGAACAUUUAUAGUGUUUAGGCUAUUUAAUCUGUGUUGGAUGAUCUGUUGGCUUGUUCUUAAUCAAAGUGGAUUAAAUCAUUUGCCCAAAUAUUUUUUUUAA